AUGGUCUAUGGAGAUGUUCGCGAGACUGGAGAAAAGCCAAGAUUAAUUUUUGCUAACAUUCCUGUUGCAAAACUUGGGUUUGCUACUGAGACCGAUCCACCGAAAACUAUUUUGGAGCGGCUCCUGAAUGAUGUCUAUGAAAUCUCAGACGUGGAGUACACAGUCAAUUCGAUCAGCUGCAAAUUUGACAAGAACACAGGACUAGCCAAAAUUACGACUCAUUUCUCUCAACAAGUUGCAAAACGACUACUAAAUACGCAGGGUUCUCGAAAAUUGCUAAAGUACAACAAAGAGCAUAAUUUUGGAAUAAAGGUUUAUUCCCAGCAAAUGUGCGAGUUUUUCUACUACUUAGGAAGAUGCCCUUUUUAUAAUGGAUGUUCAUUCUCCCAUGAACAUGAAAAGCUUCCCCCAACGAAGAACAUCACCUGCGGAAUGUGUUUCCUAGAAAAGGCAAAUGUUGCCCAUGCUGUCGUCGUUUUUCCAAAUGGGUUGUAC